UCUAGUGUCCCAUUUCAAGGGGGCCUUUCAACCUCACCGGUUGCGUCUUUCCACAUCCGCUCCUCACAUUUGCAAACCAUCAGGGUUUCGCCUGCCUUGCUUACCAACAACUUCUCAGUGUUUCUGUUGCACCAGGGCUACUGCCAAGGUGUACUACCUACCUUCCCUCCUUCUCUUCAACACCCAAAAAGAAUUUCCUUGGCAUUGGCACCAAAGGCACAGAAGAUAGUCCCUUCACAACAGAAGAUAUGCCCAGGUGAAGAUGGCUUACUCUUGUAAGAGCCCACAAUGCCGCCUUUUGUCAUUUUUAAAAGAGUUUUAAAAUUGGCAGAACCAGUUGGUCCAACAGAUCCAAAGUUUCCAUAGAGAGGUGACAUGGCCAAAGGAGGGGAGACCCUUGGGUGCAGCCUAUUCUUCAACCUGGGGGUCUCCAUGCUAAUCCUGAAGUUCCUCUUUCCGGUCGCGGACUGCAGUCCUCACACCCCUCCAGGCUACUCUUUCUAUGACGUCAUCAUACCAAGGCUGUUAUCCACGUCGGCAGGCAAAGCUACACGAGACAAAAUAUCUUUCAUCAUCAAGGCAGAAGGCAAGAACUACAUUGUCCACUUAAAACAGAAAGCCGUCCUCGUCAAAAGAAUCCCGGUCUUCAUCUACGACGAUGACGACAAGGUACAAACCAACUACCAUGAGAUCCGGGGUAACUGCUACUACCGCGGCUACGUAGAAGGGGCUUCAGAGUCUUUUGUGACCCUCAGCACUUGUGUGGGACUCAGGGGUCUUCUGCAAAUUGAGAACUUAACAUACAUCAUCAGUCCUGUGGAGGACUCCUCUACCUUCCAGCACCUCAUCUAUCGCACAGAGAACAAUUCUGAUUCAAGGACAUGCUGGCUAAGGGAUAAAGACAUGUCUACUUUGGCAACGGAGUUGGGGCAAGAGCAGAUUCCCAGAAAACAGGGCUUUUCUGCUCCGUGGAAACGCACAAAACACCUGGAGCUUUUUAUACAAGUGGAGGUACAGUUGCAUCAACAUUAUUCUGACAAUGUGCUUACCACCACCCAACACAUGGUACAACUCAGUCAAAUGGUGGACGACAUGUUUUCCACUCUUGGCCUCCGUAUCCUCCUAGUGGGGCUUGGGAUCUGGACAGGGCGGAACAAGGUGUUUAUCACGGACUAUGUGAAGGACAGCAUGUUGGCCUUUACCAAAUGGCAACUCAAGGAAGUGUUUCCACAGCUGAAGCAUGAUGCGUCUCUACUCGUCGCCUAUCGCAACAGGGGGCCCAUUAUUGUGACGCGCUCGUUCUUUGGCACUGUCUGUGACGCCAAACAAGGACUGGCCUUUGUCUCAAUCAGGAAUAUGCCGUUGAAGGAGUUUGCGAUUGCUGUUGCACAUGAAUUGGGGCAUGUCAUUGGCAUUCCAGACGACCAAUCCCAGAGCUGCUAUUGUGCACCCAGCCUGAAUUGUAUUAUGGCUUCUGAAGGCCCUUUUGGUAAGAAGCCGCAUUUCAGCAGCUGUUCCGCAGCGAGUUAUGUUGGAGUCAUCUCGUCAGGGAAAGGCCUAUGCCUGGACAACAUCCCACAGCCCAUCAGAAUCUUGACACCGAGCGUUUGUGGGAAUGGCAUUGUAGAAGGCAGAGAAGAGUGUGAUUGCGGGGACGAGCCACAGUGUAAGCGAGAGAGCUGUUGCCUCAGUGACUGCACCGUUGCUCCCGGGGCUGAAUGUACGACUGAAGCGUGUUGCAAACACUGCAAGGCUGCACCCAAAGGACAAGUCUGCCGAGAAAGCCGAGGCGAGUGCGACUUACCCGAGUAUUGCAACGGGGAAUCUGUGGAAUGCCCAUUGGACGUCUUUGUGCAGGAUGGGACACGAUGCACUGGCGAUGGGUAUUGCUACACAGGAACCUGCUCAACCCACUCUCUGCAGUGCCAGAAGGUUUUCGGGAAGGAAUCUCAAAGUGCUCCCUUGGCUUGCUUCGAGAAGGUCAAUUCAGUCGGGGAUCGGUUUGGCAACUGCGGCAGCAAAAAAGGAGACGGGAUACUACGCAAAUUCCAGAAAUGUGGACGCGAAGAUGUGUUGUGUGGGCGGCUGCAGUGCACCAAGGCCAAGAGGUUACCCAAUUUGGGUGACAACGUGACCAUCAUACAGACACCUACAAGCAAUGCACUCUGCUGGGGAAUAGAUUUCCACCCCGGGAUUGGUUCGAUGGACCUUGGUGAGGUGGCCGAUGGCUCAAAGUGUGGCAAAGACAAAGUUUGCAUUAACCACGUAUGUACCAAUUUGUCACCAUGGGUGAAAUCCAACGUAACGUGCGACCCUUUGGUGACUUGCUCCGGCAGAGGGCUUUGCAACUCCAAGGAACACUGCCACUGCCAUUACGGCUGGGCCCCUCCAGACUGCUUCGCCCCUGGAUUUGGGGGGAGCACUGACAGUGGGCCCAUCCCACGCUCCGGGGCUUCCAGCCAGGAAGACUGUGAGGCUGGAAUCCUGGUUGCUGAAACGCUGGGCGCUGUUGCAUUGUUCCAUAAAUUAUUUUUUAUGCCAUAUUUUGUCUGCCUUCCUACUUUAUUUUGA